AUGACGACUUAUGACGGGGAAAUGGACUCUCCACACUACCUUGCAGAUCCAACCGGAGCUUUGUUUAGCCGAACGGCAAUUGCACCCGAAGCUACCAGUACCAAGAAUCCUGAAAAGCAGCAACUUCUAACACAGCAACCUGCAAAACAGCCACCAUCAAGUCCAAAAGAGUCUUCCAAAGAUGCCGAUGUCAUCAAUCCAAAAUCUUUUCAGGAUUGCUAUCAAACCGAACAAAAGCUGCAAAGUGGUUCCUAUGGUACCGUCUAUCAGGCUUCACGUGUGGGGAACAAGGAGGAAGGUGGUGAUAACAACAAGAAAAGCAAGUUUGCCGUCAAGGUGAUUGAUCGCACCAAACUCAAAGAAUCGGAUGAUCUCGCCGUCUUUCGGGAAGUCCGGCUCUUGAAAGAAUUGGUGGAUGUCCCCAGUGUGAUUACGCUGGUGGAUUUCUUUGUGGAACCAUCCACUCUCUACGUGGUCCAGGACCUGGCCGAAGGUGGGGAUCUGUUUGACAGAUUAAUCCGGCGUCAACACUAUACAGAAGAGUUUGCCCGUGAUCUGGUCAAGGUCCUGCUGCAGACCUUGAAAGUGGUACAUGGGCGAAAGAUUGUUCAUCGGGAUUUAAAACCAGGCAAUCUUUUAUUGGCCAGUGGAAGCAAUGAUUGCGAUAUCUUGCUAGCAGACUUUGGUUUUGCAAGGCAUUUGCCCACAGAUGGGGAUGGAUAUUGUCGCACGCGGUUGGGGACACCCAUGUAUGUUGCACCAGAGAUUGUGUUGCAGAAACCAUACAACUGUCAAAUCGACAUGUGGAGCUGUGGUUGCAUUAUCUACAUGCUCUUGUCAGGAUACCCUCCGUUCCAUGGCAGCAGUCACCGUGACUUGUUUCGUCGUAUCCGCGCCGGGAACUUUACAUUCCAUGAAAAGAGCUGGGGAAACGUAAGUGUUCCCGCAAAGCAGCUGAUUGCGCACUUGCUGACGGUGAAUCCAGAUCGAAGGUGGACAGCGCAAGAAGCAUUGGAUUCGACAUGGAUGAAAGCCACGACACCCACAUCCUUUACUCUAGGUGAAAACGAUCUUAGCGAAGCUUUGAGUAGGAUCCGAUCGAGGCGCAAGCUCAAGGCGGCAAUGGACGCCGUCCGAUGGGCUGCCGCGGCACGAUGCUGGAAGCCUGCUGCAACCUUUGGUCAGCCAACGGAAGAGAAUACAAGCGGAUCCUCUGCCACAUCGUCGCCUUCGACGGCAUCAACGAAAACGUUCCAGGACAACUAUACGCUCUUCAAAAAGGUUCGAAAAGGUGACUAUGCUACUGUCUGGGAGUGUCAACACAACAACACUCUGGAAGUAUAUGCCGUCAAGAUUAUUCCCCGAUCGGCAUUGUCGACAGACCACGACGAGCAGGUGUUGAACGAGGUGUCGCUUCUACAGUCCGUUUCAGCUGAUGCUUCCGAUUCUAUUGUCAAACUGGUUGACUUCUACGAAGAAGAGGAUGCCUUCUACAUUGUCAUGGAGCUGUUGACGAGAGGGGAUGUUUUUGAUCGCAUCCUUAUGCGGUCACACUACACGGAACUCGACGCACGGGAGCUUGUGAGGCGACUACUGCAGGCAGUUCAGACACUGCACAGCAAGGGCAUUGCCCACAGGGACAUCAAACCCCACAAGUACGAACUCGCGCAACACAUGCCUUUUUGUAGUGUCCUGAUCUUGCCGGAACGUUUGCUGUAG